GGUUAAACGGUGAGAUCUUUUAAAAAAAAAAUCAUUUCAAGUCUUUUCUAUACUAUUAUUUAAUCUUUUAUUUAGUCUUCUCUAUAACAACAUCUAAGGAAGAUUCAUUCGUUUUUAUUUUUUUGGUAAACAUGUUAAAAAAGAUUCAUUCGUUGUUUGGUCAUAUAAACAUGAGAAGGAAUGACUCCUUUGGAGAAAGUUGUUAGUUUUUCAUAGAUGCCUGUUAAGUAUUUGUUGAUAUGCUUGUUCAUGGAUUUUCUUGGUUUUUGUGUUCUUGAAAAUCUCUGGUAAAAUACGAAAAUAAUAUUCUUUUGGACAGACAAAAAAAAGAGAUUGGGUGGCUAGAUGUGUCGCAGUUAUUGAAUCCUUAAAAGUGUAGUUGCUUUUUUCUAGCACAAGUCGCUUUACAUUUAAUGUCAACCUGUCUAUUCAGUUUUUGUUUUGCAUGUAAGAAACAUAGAGAGGAUGAGAAUUCAUGGAGAGGGGCUUUGCAGCUUUUCCUUUAAAGCAUUUUUUUUCUUGGACUUUGCAAUCUGCUUCUUUACUUGUUGUUCCUUCAUUUGCAUCUCUGUGGAUAAUAUCUUCAAACUGAACUGAUGUGUCUCUUUGAGUUUCUGUUUUAUGGACAACGGUUAAAAACACUUUGAUAGUCUCUGACUUUUUUUUCAUUAAUAAGUAUGAAAGUAAAUGCUGUAAGAGGGUUGAGUGGUUGGUAAGGAGGGUUAAUGAUCUUAAAAGUGCUCACAUCUUUUCUUUUCGAAUUUUCUAGGUGUGUAAGGAAUGGCAUCAAGCUCUUGUCUUAAGCAAGGAUCAGUUCCAAUGAACAAUAUUCACGUUACCCCUGAAGCAACGUAUGAAGCUGUGGUCGCAGAUGCCAAGCUCUUCAUGGCAACGUUAGAAAGGCUUCAUUCUCGCUUGGGAACUAAAUUCAUGGUUCCUAUCAUAGGAGGGAAAGAUUUGGACUUGCACAAGCUUUUCAAGGAGGUAACAUCUCGUGGUGGAAUCAGUAAGAUAGUUAAUGAAAGGAGAUGGAAAGAAGUAACUGCCACAUUUGUCUUUCCUCCAACAGCAACAAACGCAUCAUUUGUCCUGCGCAAAUACUACUUCUCCCUUCUUAAGAACUAUGAGCAACUCUACUUCUUUAGAUCUAAUGUCCAGACUCCUCCUCCAGACAUUCUUCAGAACCCAUCUGCUGCUGGACCAGGACUUGUGAUAAGACCUCCACAAGAGCCUCUAGCUUUAACCUAUACACCACAACCAAGGAUCAACUCUAGUGAUCUCCCUGGAGGUUCUUCAAAUGGUCCAAUUGUGAAUGGAGUGAUCGAUGGGAAAUGCGAAGACGCUUAUCUUGUAACUGUAAAGAUGGGAUCAGAGGAGCUCAGAGGAGUUCUCUACGAGCUGGCUCCACAACAGAGUCAUGUUGUUUCCCUCAACAAUGCCAAUACUCAGGGGAUUGCUGGAGGAGUGACUAAACGCCGCAGGAGAAGAAAGAAGUCAGAGAUCAAGAGACGUGACCCUGCUCAUCCUAAGCCCAACAGAAGCGGCUACAACUUCUUUUUCGCGGAGCAGCACGCUAGGCUGAAGCCGCUUAACCCUGGUAAGGACAGGGAGAUCAGCAGGACGAUCGGUGAGCUUUGGAACAAGCUCAAUGAUCAAGAGAAGUCGGUUUACCAAGGGAAGGCGAUGGAGGAUAAAGAGAGGUAUCGAGCUGAGAUGGAGGAGUAUAGAGAGAAGCUUAGGACGGGGCAGAUGAUAAGUAACGCUGUUCCGUUGCAGGAGAGGGUUCCAGAGCAGAACGUAGAGAUGGCUGAAGCUGAAGGUGAUGUUCUGAUGGAAGAAGUCGAAGAAGAGGAUGAAGAUGGUGAUUCAAGUGGUUCAGGGGAAAGCCUUAGCCACCCUUCUGAUCCUGAAGUGGAGGAGCCAUCUUUGAAUCCUUUAGGUCUGAACCUACACCCUAAUUCGACUGAGAUGGUGGUGGUGGCUCCUAAGGAGAAAGCCGGCGAUGCUGUGAUGGUUGCUGAGCAGAACUGAAGAUUCUUCUCUUUGUUUUAAUUUUUCAGUUGCAGUUUUUCGUUUUAUACAGCCACAUUUCAGAUAGUUUACCUGUGGCAUUAGACAAUCUCUUUUGGUCUUUUGGUACUUUGGUUUUUGUUUUUGUUUUUGUUUCACUUAGAUUUCUUCGGCAACAAGGCAUACUUAGAUUUCGUGUUAUAACAUUUUGUUGCUCUUCUGGAAUGCUAAUUGUUGUUUUGUUGCAUGGGAGCUUCUUUUGAACCUUUUUUUUUUCAAUUUCAACUUUUAUGGAUAUUAUCUUAUUGUUUUUUCUUAAUUGUGAUAUGGUAAAACAA